GCAAAGUUAUGGCCAAAAGCAGAGCCGAAAUUCAACGUGCGUACAGAGAAAGGCAAAAGCAAAAGAAUAAAGAUGAAUAUUUACGACAAGAAAGAGACAGAAAGAACAGAAGUUAUGUUCCAACUGCAGAGUUAUCUGAAAAUGAUAAAAAGAAACGUCGCCAGAGAAACCGAAAUAACUUGCGUAAGUUCUAUGAAAGGAAACGACAGCAACGGUCAAGGAAGAGUUCUCAGAACAGUAUCGGCAGCUUUGAAAGUGCAAAUGAAAACAAUGAACCAGGACCUUCCUCUUACAGAGGCAGAUUAAGGGUGAGACUUGACUUUGGAAAUCGUAGUGAAGGUAAAAGGAAAGGAGCAAUCAAAAGAUGGAAACGUGACAUGUCCGAUGUUUUUUCUAUAAUAAGAUUAUUAGAACAAGAAAGAAAGAAACUAUUAACGAAAGUCAAGACCACUCAAAGAAACAUGCAAAGAAUGAAGCAGAAACUCAACAAAAGCAAAGAAAAAAACUGA